UCGUUUAUCCCCCCUCUUUCAUUCGGUCAAAUAGGUUUCUCUUCAGUCUGAUUGAUUAGAUAAAUGAAAGUAAGGUUGAUGAACUGCACGAGAAGAAUUGGACUUCGUUAUUACUCUACUGCUUCACCUUCAACCUCUCAUCUCAACCAAAGAAUUCUCCAUCUUAAAAAUGGUUCAGGACCCACCAAGGUGAAUGACGCCCUCCAACUGUUUGAUGAAAUGCUUCAAAGACAACCUCCACCUUCCAUCAUCAAAUUUACUCAGUUGAUUUCUGUUAUUGUAAAGGAUAAGCAAUACUCCACUGCUCUUUCACUUUUUAAGAAAGUAAAUUUGAUGGGUAUUCCUAGUGAUCUUUAUGCCAUGAAUAUAUCUAUCAACUGUCAUUGCCGGUUGAAUCAAGUUUCUUAUGGUUUUGCCUUACUAGCAACCCUUUUCAAGCAAGGUUAUUCACCCACUUUGUCCACCUAUAACACUCUCAUUAAUGGGCUUGUUCUUGCUGAUCGAGUUUUUGAAGCGGUUGAGUUGUUCAAGAAACUGCUUAGAGAGAAAGUUUGUGAGCCUGAUCAGAUUACGUUUGGAAUCGUUAUUAAUGGACUGUGUAAAGUAGGUCACACUAGCAAGGCCCUUGAACUGCUCAGGUUCAUGGAAUCAGUCUCUUGUAAAUGUAAACCAUAUGUAGAACAGUACAAUGCAGUCAUUGACAGCCUUUGCAAAGACAAGAUGGUUGAUCGUGCGUUAGAACUAUUUGCCAUCAUGACCCAAAAAGGCGUCAUUGCAAGUGUUAUCACUUACAACUCUUUGAUUCAUGGUCUGUGUAACUUUGGUAGAGAGACAGAAGCUGCACAAAUGUUGAGAGAUAUGGAGGAGGAAGGAGUAUAUCCAAGAGUGGAUACAUUUAAUAUCUUGGUGGAUUCUUUUUGUAAGAAAGGAUCUGUAAAAGAUGCAGAGCUUGCUGUACAAGCAAUGGUACGAAGAGGACUACAUCCAGAUGUAAUCACUUAUAGUGCACUAAUUGAUGGAUAUUGUUUACGUGGUGAAAUAGAUGAAGCAGAGAAAGUUAUAGAUCGCAUGAUGGAAAGGGAUAUUGUGCCCAACAUCAUCACAUAUAGCAGGCUCAUAGAUGGAUACUGUAAGAAGAAGAGAAUCCACAAGGCCUGGCGUCUCUUUCAAGAAAUCCAAGACAAGGGUUUGAUUCCUGACGUUGUUACUUAUAGUAGCAUGUUACAAGGUUUGUUUGAAUCAGGGAAUCCUGCAGCGGCUAGAGAAUUGUUUAACACGAUGCAAGAAAAGGGUCCGGCUCCCAAUAUAUGCACCUAUCGUAUCUUGUUCCAUGGAAUGUGCAAAAACUCCCAGUGUUCUGAUGCCUUGGCUCUCUUUCGAUCACUGGAAAGCAAAGAACUGAUGGAAGAUGUAUGGUUGUAUAAUUUAUUGAUUGACGGUUGUAGCAAAUGUGGGAACCCUAGCUUGGCUAUGGAUCUGUUUGAUGAACUCUGUUUAAAAGGAUUGAAACCGAAUGUUAGGACAUAUACAGUGAUGAUAAACGUGUAUUGCCAAGAAGGGUUAUUUGGUAAAGCGAAAGAAUUGCUUAGAAAGAUGGAAGAAAAUGGUUGUUUGCCAAAUAGCGUCACAUACAAUGUUCUUGUUCAAGAGUUGUUGAAGAAAAACGAGUGUCAGGAGGCAGAGAUAUUUCUUGAAGAAAUGAUAAACCGAGGUUUUAUGCCUGAUCAUGCUACUUUUGAGAAUUUACUAGUCCGGAUCCCAAACGUAGGAAAAGAUUCUCGUUUGCGAACUAUUGUUCUAAAGCUAACAAGUGUAGAAAGAAAAGAUGGCAGAACAUGAUCAUCGAAAUUUGCCAACUAAUAAGAUACCCAAAUAUUAUGC